AUGUCUAUCUUGAGAGUUAUCGCACCAUAUGCUGAUAGUGGGGACAAAGUGGAUUCUCCUUACUACGGAUACUUUAUGCGUGUGUUGGGCACCAUGUCGGUCACAUUCAAGGUCAACCCACUGAUUCCCUACAUCGGUGUUGGCUUCAAUGAGCUUUAUGGCAGCCACGUCGAUCCGAGCGAUGUCCACUCUUGCGUUUCGAUUGAAUCUUUUGAUGUUGAUGAUGCCGACCAUCUCACUGGAAUUUCCAGCUUGGGCCAUUAUGAUGUUGACGCUUCCCCAAAAGACUUCUUGGAGAACUUUGACCAGCAAGAGCUCCGUGAAGUAUUGCGCCUGGAAAGCCAGCCUCAAGGCAAUACAAACCUAGAAGACACGAUCUAUGAUAUCUUUGAUACCUACCUUCACUAUUGGGGUGCUGCAGGCUUCGAAUUUGACUGGAUGCACAAGUUCCGCACUGUGACUGGCAUCUUGGAUUGA